AUGUAUUUUAAAACUAUCAUCCCCUUAAUCUUGCAUCUGCUGACUUUGACAGUAGGCCCCCCUGAACAAUACGUUGCGAAGGGCGAGAAGGCUGGAGAUCUUAAUAUGACUAAGAAGAAGCUGGGGAAAAUCUCAGAGUCGUGGCUCAGUGAAAAUGCUUCUCGUCGAAGAGCUCUUACUGGAAUGUACCGAAUGGAAGACCUGGCAGACUGUGCUCGCUUUCUGCAGAGAAAACUCGUGGCCGGUAUGACUAGCUCCAUGUCCACGGACGAAAGCUUCCUUGCAAAGAGUAACUCAUCGACUGCAAAUUAUUUGGUCUGA